AUGAGUCGUGAAAGUCGACAUGUCCAUGUGUUUGGUCUGCCGGACGCUCUCUCCGAGGAGCGUGUAUCGAGUUUUUUCUCAACAUUCGGUCGUGUCCAGAAAGCAGAACGUUUAUCAAAUAACAGUGUUGUGGUAAGCUUUAUGGAUGUUAGAUCUGCGCAGAAAGUGCAUUCAGCCGAGCCAAAAUUUGAUGGUCAUCAGUUACGUAUCACNUUUCAUGAACUUAGCAAGAAGUGA